AUGAUUAACGUGACAGAAGUGACCAGUGGUCCUACCGAUAUUGACCGAGGGAAUGAACAGCUUGAUCUUCUUCUGACUCCGAAUAUUGUGGUACUCUCUUUGUAUAUUUUGUUUGGUCUCUUUGGAAACGGUGUUGUUUUUCUUACUUACAGUUUACGCUCAAAUCUUCAAAACCAGGACCGAUACUUCAUUCCUAAACUGGCUCUAGCCGACCUGUUCACAUCCACUAUCUGCUCAUCAUUAGCUAUCAUCGGAAAUGUUAUGGAGACCAAAUUUAAGGACAGGUUUCUGUGCAUUUUUGGAAACUUUUUUAUGGUAUCUACACAGAGUGUCUCGGUUUUACUUCUUUUUAUAAUUUCUGUACAAAGAUAUCUUAAAAUAUGUAAACUUAAAGACAUGUCACUAAAGACAAGAAGAUUGACAAUGAUUAUCAUUAUCAUUGUGUGUAUAUCCCUUGGCAUAGGGUCUUCUCUGAAUUAUCGGAAGGAGUCGUCUGACAGAAAAGGAAAAAUGACGGGAUUUAGAUGUAAAAGUGUCAAAAACGAGAAUGUUGGUGAAGUUAUUCUUGGAACAACUCUUCUCUUUGGUACUGUGACUGUUAUUAUAUCCAUGUUGGUGAUGUAUGGGAAAAUAGCACAUAAAAUUGCUACUCAUAUUAAGCAAAUGAAGGGAACUAUUUCUAAAAUGGAAAGUAUAUCGGAAGAUUCUUAUAAGCACGUCUCCAAUACCAGUACAAAGACCAAGUCUAGAGCUUCUAGAGCUUUAACUGUUAUAGAUGAUGUAGAAAAUCUUGCUUUGGCGGAAUCUUCGAUAGAGAACAAUGGCUAUACAUUAGGAAAAUGCCUUGUUCCUAACAAAAUAUUGCACCAGGAAAAACGAAAAAGAAAACACAAUAUGGGACAUAAAUUUACUCUAAUGUUUAUGCUGAUCACUAUUGUUUUUAUCGUAUGUUACGUCACAAAAACAAUUCUGAUGUUACUUGAAAGUUUGGACACUCUAUUCUGGGACUCUAUGUCGGAUGGCAAGCGAGCUGGAUUUCUGUUUCUUUACAGAAUUUACAUUGUAAAUAGUAUUGUAAAUCCCUUUAUUUAUGCUUUUCUUGAUACUCACUUUUCAAAAGAGUUGAAGAAAAUGUGCUCAUAUUGA